AUUUAUUAUACAAAAAUGUUGUAAAAAUGCAUUCAAUUAGCUAAAUCAGCUCAAUUUUCAUAAAUGGUUAAAUCUUACACAAGUUUAUCUCAACAUAAAUGGUUAGACUAUGAUUAAACUCAUAAAGUACUUAAAUAAAUUUAAAUAUAAGAAAUCUCUCUAAACUCAUAAAAGCAGAGCAGAAGAAUUUAUACAUAAGAUACCUGUAAUCGAGGUGGAUUCUGAUAUUGUUAGAUGUUUGGUAAUUAUAAAAAAAUUAUAAAUGAUAAGGGAGGAACUCAUAUUAAUGCAGGACAUCCUUAAGUGUAUAUAAAAUUAGAUACAAGAACAGAAGGUACUCCUCAGACAUGCAAAUAUUGCGGAUUAUCAUAUGUCAAAAAGAUGGGUCAUGAAUCACAUCAUCAUUGAGGAAUAAUAAUAACAUUAUAAUAAUUAAUAAAUAUAAUAUAUGAG